AUGACCAAAUUCUUCGUGGUUCUCGUCGCUCUGGUCGCUGUGGCUCACAGCUCAGUAGUACCGGUAGUCAAAGUAGACGAUGACUCCUCCAGCUUUGCCUACGAUGUAGCUGAUCCCAACACUGGUGAUUACAAAAGCCAAGUGGAGACACGUAAUGGUGGAGUUGUUAGAGGACAAUACUCUCUGAUCGAACCUGAUGGCACUAAGCGCACUGUUGACUACACCGCUGAUGAUGUGAAUGGUUUUAAUGCUAUUGUACGAAAAGACCCUGUUAUUGGUGCAUCUGUGAUUGCCGCUACUCCUGUCGUUGCACGCACCAUUGCCGCUCCAGCGGUAGUUUCUACUGGUCCAUCCGUUGUUGCUGCCCGUACUGUUCCUGCUUCCUCUUAUUAUACUGCCUCCGCCCCUGUAGUAGCUAGAUCUUAUGUAGCUCCUGGAGUUUACGCGACCUCCUCUCCAACGGUGUUCUCAACUCGUACAUACGCUGCACCUUCGGUUUUCACUGCAUCACCUGCAACUUAUACUCAUGGAGUAUAUGGCCGUUACGUCUCACCUUACUACUCAACUUAUGGUUACCCUACUACUUCUUUCAACUAUUUGUAA